GCUUGUGGAUACAUGGGUCCUUCUACUACAGUGCGCCGUGACUAAACUGACGGAGUUUAUUAUCUAUCUCACAGGAUUAAAGAUUAUCAUCACCUAUCUUUCUGGAUGCAUCCCACCACUGGUGUUUAACCCUCAGCAUCCCAAAACAACCUGUUGAUGUUUGCUGAGUCUGUGCUGAAGAUUCACUCAUGAAGGUCCUGACCAGUCCCGUGUGUAAGAGUGGAGAGAGAGUUUCUGAAGGAGGCAUGGACUCUUUCAUCAUGCUGUCAUCAACAGGGGAUGUGAAGUCCGAGUCUGUGGUCUCUCCGCGGUCGCACAAAACAACUACUGGAAACGUCUCUCCUACUGAGAACAUUAACCAUAAGCGGUGGAAAGGCCUAUUUGGGAUGAUUCAAAAGAAAGGUCUCCGGCCAACUGCGAGUCCAGAGCCCAAGUCUGCACUGUUUGGACAGCCACUUUCACAUGUCUUUGUGGAUAAAGACACACCUCCCAAACCCAUAACUGAGAUGCUGGUGCUGCUAUGCAGGAAUGGCCCCUCAGUAGAGGGCGUGUUUCGGAGAGCUGGGAACGCCAGGGUCAUGAGGGAGACCAAGGAACAGCUGAAUAGCGGCGCACAAGUGGACUUUAGUGAGAAGCCUACGCUGCUGCUCGCUGCUCUGCUCAAGGACUUUCUGAGGGAGAUCCCAGGUGGUUUACUGAUGGAGGAGCUGUAUCAGGCCUGGAUGACGGCACUUGCCACAGACAACAUUGCAGACCGAUGCAGAGAGACCAAAAAGGUGAUGGAGCAGCUUCCAGAAGAGAACAUCGUCCUCCUCAGACACCUGGUUUUCAUGCUGCAUCACAUCAGCCAAAAUGCACAAGAAAACAAAAUGAACUCUAACAAUCUGGCAGUCUGCGUGGCACCCAACCUCCUUCAAUCGGACCAGGUUGAGAAGACUAAAAAGGUCACAGAACUCACAGAGUUUCUAAUUGACAACUACUGUGAGGUGUUCGGGGAACGGCUUUGCUACCUCCUUGGUGAUUCAGAGGAAGAAGAGCUGAAUGACUACCAAGAUUGCCUGUCUCCACUUCAACACGACUCUGCCUACGAGACCGACGCUGAUGGAGAGAGAGGCAGCUGCCUUCACCUCGUGUCGCCCGGUCUGACAAACGGAAACUCAUCCUCCUCCUCCUCCUCCGAGCGCCUGAGCUCAUCCACCCCCACGCCAGCACAGGAAACCUUCAACACCUUCACAACAAAGCCCUUCAUCCGUAGGCAGUCGGAGCCAGCCAUCACGCGGCCCCAGCAGCAGCAAGAGGGCGCCAGGAGGCCCCAGCCCACUCUCACCAGGAGCCACACUGACUUCCUGCUGAGGACGGAGGGCCUGGGCCUGGGCCUGGGCGGGGGCGAGGGCGAAAGAUGCUUCUGCCAGGGCAUGCAGCUGAGGAAGCAGAUCUCAGACGAGUGCAUGUUGCAGAGCAUCCAGAGGCGCUCGCUGGACUGCAGCCUGGCCGAAGGCUCUCAUGCCCACAUGCCCUCCUCCUCCUUCACCUCCUCCUUCACCUCCUCCUUUACCUCCUCCUCCUCCUCCUCCCCCAUACACUCCUCCUCCCUGUCCCAGAGCUGCCCCUGCUGCUGCUGCUCCUCCUGUUCCCUGGAGAGCUCCUGCUACUCCAGCGCCUCCGAGAGCUCCAUCUUCGCCGGCUCCCCUGCAAACUCGCCUCCUUGCCAGAGGAGGAGCGUCCGGAGUGAUAAGCCGACCUUGACCUUGACCUCGACCUCGACCUUGACCUCCCCCCAGCAUCAGGACCGCCAGGAGAAGCCUCAUGGCCCCGUCGCCCACAGGAGGUCCCAGUCUGUGCGCUACACGGCUAAUAAGAACAGGCCCAACGCGCAGCUCCGGCGCGGAGGGUCCAGCCGCGUAGCCCGCAGAGACAGUUCUACUAACGCUGCGGCCGGGCUCCUGAGCGACACGCUUCGAGAGGACUCUGUCGAGGCCUGGCACAGGUCCAAACCGGUGGUGCUGUCCAGCGCCGAGGUGUUCAAACAGAUGGACAGCAGGAUCCCCGGCCCGCCUCCGUCUUAUCAGCAGGCGACACAGCGAUACUGCAACCCGUUCACCUGCUCCGUGUCGGCAUGCCAGUCUCUGACCGUACAGGAGGCAAUGUGCUCACAAACACAGACGACGGGACUCGGUGGCGCUGCGUACUCCGCAAACCAGUCACAUCCUGACUCAGUAGCCACAGUAAAGGACACUCUUGUCGGUAAUGCUAUGGGCCAUCAUGGACCUACAACGAGAAGUGUUGUUGCUGCUGUGUCUGGCGGUGCAGUGUGCCGGGCAAGGUCAAUAUCGGAGUCUGUUUACAAAGCCCCAGUUAAGAGGGUGGUGCGGCGGUGCAGCCAACCUGUGUUUGAAGAACUCUUGCAUGCCCGCGAGUCUUACGUCUGAAGCGGUAUGUGUACACUGAUUGUACAUACACCCAGACCUUGUGCAAAAGACUGUGACCAAUUGUAAAACUAAAUGUUACGAGAGUGCUGUUUUCCUAUAUACUGUACUGUUACUGUGAAGCGUUACUGUGUAACCAAGCCUCAUAGAGGUUCUUAAAUACUGUGCAUUAAAAUGUAUGUGAAUUUAUCAUCACAAUACUCAUGAAAUGUGUGCUGAUUGUUACAUUAAACAAAGUUUACA